AGUGUGAAAGUUAAAUAAUGAAUGUGACGCUGUAUUGUAAUUUACCACCAACAUAUUCAUAUACAUUCUGACUUUUCCACCAAGAUGUUUAUUCACUUUGACAAUUUGUUCCAAUUGGAGCUCAUUAAUUUCUUCUACUCCACAGCCAUGGGAGGAUCAUCCAGCUCUCCUGCCCCUCCCCCCUCUCCUCUUCUCAGAAAACCUUGGAGGACCAUAACCUGGGCAGACAAGCAGAGUAACCUGCAGCAUGUGAAGAACUACAAACCCCAGACCGACGGCCAGCAGCUCCGGAUUCUUCUUUAUGGAUCAGUUGGAGCCGGGAAGUCCAGUUUCAUCAACUCUGUCACAAGUGUCAUAAAAGGCCAAAUGUCCAAAAGGGCUGGGACGGCCAACGUCUCGGGCAGCUCUCAUACCAAAAAGUACGAAACCUACAGGAUCCAAAAGGAUGGACAGAACACCUUUCACCCCGUGGUUCUCAGUGACACCAUGGGGCUGGAAUGCAGCACCAACCGACGCAGGAAGGUCUACGUGAAAGACAUAAAACGGGCAAUGAAGGGACAUGUGAAAGACGGCUACACGUUCAACCCUGAGUGUAAGAUAUUAAAGGACGACCAGCGCUACAUCCCAGCUCCAACUGCCAACGACAGAGCCCACGUUCUGGUGUGUGUCGUUGAUGCCAGCACGGUGUCUCACAUGCGUGAGAAAGUUAUAGAAACACUGCAGGACAUUGGAGACGAGGCCUCUGACCUGAAUAUUCCUCAAGUGGCCAUUCUGACCAAAAUUGACUUGAUCUGUCCGGAGAUUCAAAAGGAUUUAAGGAAUGUCUACAAGAGCAAGAUACUAAAGCAAAAGAUGGAGGAGUUCAGUGCAGAGGUGGGCAUUCCCGUAGACUGCAUCUUCCCUGUGAAGAACUACCAUGACGAUAACACCCCCGACAACGACGCUGACACUCUGAUCCUGAGCGCCCUGAGGAGCUUCAUCAACUUGGGAGACGACUUCAUCUCGGGGUCUCCCUCUAAGGACAGGGAUUUCAGAGAGCAUCCUCCAGACUUUAACAAUGAACCUACACCUAUAUAAGCAAAAUGGCUGUGAUACGUGUCAGGACUUCUCUGAGCUCCACCUGGGAGUUAUGUUGAGUCAAAUCAUCUAAACUCAGAAGGACUCUAUAGAUUUGUUCUGUCUAUCACCACAUAGAUGUAAAUUAACACAUUU